CCCAGCAGCUGCGGCUCCCGUGCCCACACCCUCUGCCACCCCACCCACCUCCCACCUGCUCGCUCGGGGCUAUCUCUGUGCCUGGCUCGCCCCUCACAGCUGCCUCACUGCACGGAUGAGUGAGAGCCAGCAUCCUGGUGCCCGCCGUGGACCCUCCCCCGGGCUGCCUGGGCGGGACCCACGUUGCACACCAGUGAGGGGCACCCCUUGAGUUGUGGGGUGCGGGUGCUGCCCAGGCACCGCUGCCCUCUCCUGAGCUCCCGGCGGGGCCCAGUCUCUGCGCUCGGGGGCUGCUCUAAGACGAGGUGGCUGCGGGUGCGUGCUGUCCCCCAGCCCCGGAAGCCAGGCCGAGUGGCCUCUCUGGGGCUCGGGUCCCCCCACACUCUGUCCCUUCACUCGCGGGCUCUGCGGUCACUUGAGGCGCCGGUUGCUCUGCAGAUGUCCACCUUGGCGUACGAGACCCCAGGGCGUGGGGCACGGGAGGGGACUGGACACCUUGAUGGUAACAGGGAGACAGGGGCCCCCUGCUCCGGCUGGGUGAUCGGCCCAGCUCCCCAGGCCUCCCAGCCAGCUCCUGCCCGUGGUGUCCAGGGGACAAUGGCCAGGAGGCUGCCCUGCAGGUCUAAAGGGGAAGUUCCCCACUUCUGGCCUGGCCCGGCCUGGCCGUCCUCCCUUGGGCCCCGGCCCCUCAGCUGAGCCCCGAAGCUCUUUCCAGAACUCUGAAAAGCUUUAGGCGCCGAGAAGCAGGUGGGGCGGCCGUGAGCUGCCUGCAGGGGGCAGAGUUGAGACGGGACCGAGGCUUGCUGCCCCCUCUGGAGCCGCCGCAGGGCAGGGGAGGAAGGAGGUUGGGAGAGCGGGGAGGGCCGGACCAGGCCCAGGACUGGUACCACGGAAGCCGUGGCGGAGGCCGGGGGGCUGCGGAGGAAGGAGGGGAGGGGCCCGGUAGGCGGUGGACGUGGCCAGCAGCGGUAGCCCCUGAACUUGGGGAGCCCCACUGAGGACAGGGAGCCAUAGCCGGCCCGCUGGGGUCUGCGCACACGCGUGUACCUGGUGGGGCGAGGCGCCACGCUGGAGCGUGACACGGGGGGCGGGUGUGCAGAGCCCUUUCAGCAGCCCCUGGGGCUGAACCCUGGGCGCGCCCGGAGCCAGAGCAGACGCAGGAAAGAGAUAAUUGCAUUUGUGCAGGAACACCAAAUCCCUCGCAGCUGCGCACGGGCUGAGCCAGGGCCACGGGCGGGCCGGCCAGCCGACGCCAGCAUCCUGACAGCUCCGCCGAGCGUGCCAAGGGGUCUGGGCCGCCGGCCGGGGGCGCCUUUCCCAGGCCAGAGGCCCCCACCCCACCCCAGGAGAGCCGCCCCCCUCUCAGUUCCCAGAACGAAACCCAGCUGUGGAACAGUGAGGGGGUGAGGUCAUGGGAGGGGCCAGGAGGGGCCGCAUUACUCACAUCCUGGGGCAGGCGGGCGGGAAGGGAGGAGGCCCGGAGGAAAGGGGCUGAGCCGGCUCCGUCCUUGGGCCGCUGGGUCAGGGGCUGGGGGCCAGCGCGGCCUCUCCCAGUGUGGGGCUUUGGCGAGACCGCUGGGGACCCCUACCCUGCUACCCGGCUCUGCCCCCCCCCCGAGCUCCCUGCCCCUGAAGGCUCGGGGGUCACAUGCAGAUGGCAGGGAGCAGGGGUGACCCUUGGAGGGGCCAGCUCCUCAGGAGUAAUGUUCUCAGAAAACAUGCCUUGGCCUCUGGCCAGGCGCGUUGUCGGGACGACCGCAGGAAAACACUAAACAGUGUACUGGGGCCCCCUGGACGGGCCUGGGGGCCUGGGCCUGCCACCUUGCCCUCACCUUGUUCCCUUGCCCGAGUCUGUCAGCACAUGGACGUCCGUGUGCACACGUGUGUGCACGAGUGUGCCUGGUGGGGGGCGCUGGGACCCAUGCGUGGAGUGUGGGUGUGUGCGCCCACGUGGGCCUGAGUGUUGGGCUCAGGAGAAAGUGUGUACGUACACGUGUGCAUUCCUGCCACGUGUGCGUGUGUGUGUGUGUUGGUGUGUGUGUGUGUGUGUGUGUGUGUGUGUGUGCCAGGGAGGCCCGCUGUGCAUUGCGCGGUUGAGUGCAGGCCUGCGUGGGGCUUUGCUGGCCGGGACACAUCGCCCUACCGGUGGGCUGACCAGACCCUGUGGCCUCUGCACUCAGCUGUGCCAAUGAAGGGUCCCCGGGGCUUGGGGGAGGGGUCUGGGGAGCAGGAGCUAUCGUCCUGAGAGAGGCCCCACCUGGCCCACCCACACAUCCCACCGGGGCCCAUGCACACACACCCAGCACCACACAUUGGCCAAAAAAUCCCAAACGCCCAACACACCCAUAGGCGUGUGCAGCUCGGACGUGGCAGUGAAGGAGAUGCAGUGCCGGUCUCACCCCUCCGAGGAAUCCCCCCAGGCGCCCCCAGGCUGCCCCAGGAGAGGGCUGUGGGCACCUUCUCUCCCCCCACUGCCCUGCUAGGCUUCUGCCCUCCAUCUGAAGGGGCUGUUGGUGCUCAUGGCGGGGAGGAGCCCCGGACCCUAGGUCCCCAACAUCCCCGAGAUCACCCCAGGCUCUUCCUCCCCAGACAGGACGUGGCCCCCAGCCCCCAGCCGAGGGCCUGGAGCAGGAGGCUGAUGGGAGCCAGGCUCGCCACUCAGUGGAGCGUGGAAGAGGAGGAGGAUGGCGCCCGGGGGCGGCGCAGGCAGGAGAGGGGCUGGCAGCUUCCGGCCCAGGACGAGGGCGAAGGAGGCCAGUCCCCGGUGCAGCUGGAGCAGGAGAAGCUCCUCAGCCCGAAGCCCUCGGAGGCCCCUGAACUGGACGAGGAUGAGGGUUUCGGCGACUGGUCCCAGAAGCCAGAGCAGCGGCGGCAGCAUUGGGGGGCUGGGGAGACCACGGACGGUGGGGCCCCCCCUCGGGGUGCGAGCCCGGAGGGGGAGCAGGAGGAGGACAGGCCCCUCCAGUACACCUUUGGGAGCCAGGGUGGCGACGAGCUGACCCCAGCUGGGGUCUGUCUGGAGGAGCUGCAUCUGAGCCCCGACUCAGAUCCCCAGGAGGGGCCGGGAACAGAGGACACAGAGCCCAAAGGCCCCGAGGGACCCGUCCAGGGCAGCCCAGGGCUGGCAGAGACCAAGGAGGCAGAUGAACAGCACCAGAGAUGCCAGCAACGCAGGGCACCCAGCCCCUUGGUCUUGGAGGAGACAGAACCGGGCUCGCCUCCCCUGAGCCCGAGCACCAAACUCAGCGACAGAACUGAGUCCCUGAACCGCUCCAUUCAGAAGAGUAACAGUGUGAAGAAGUCCCAGCCAGCCCUGCCCGUCUCCACGAUUGACGAGCGGCUGGAGCAGUACACCCAGGCCAUCGAGACCUCUGGCCGGACCCCGAAGCUAGCCCGCCAGCCAUCCAUCGAGCUGCCCAGCAUGGCCGUGGCAAGCACCAAGAGCCGCUGGGAGACGGGAGAGGUGCAGGCUCAAUCCUCCGCCAAGUCCCCCUCCUGCAAGGAUAUUGUAGCUGGAGACAUGAGUAAGAGGAGCCUCUGGGAGCAGAAGGGAGGCCCCAAGGCUUCGGCGGCGCUUAAGAGCACCCCGUCUGCGAAGAGGUACAAGUUUGUGGCCACUGGACACGGGAAGUACGAGAAAGUGCUCGUGGACGAGGGCUCGGCGCCCUAGGCCGUCCUUCUUGCUUUCCCAAGACUGCAGCACCCGCCGGCGGCACCUCCUGGCUCCCGACCCACGUGCCCGGGGGAGAGGCCGGCCAGAUGAACGCCCCCCCGCCCCCCACUGGCCCUGCCGAAGAAGCUGCUUCUCAUGGUCUGCCUGGCCCGCAUGCACCCCCGACAUCCGCCACCUCUUGCUCCUGGACCCUCCAGCCUCUCCCUCUGACCCCCAGCUCUGCCCCUCACAGUUCCGGGAGGAAAGGAACUCUGGCUGUUGGUUGGCAAAAGCACCACCUCCAGAGAAGCUGCAAGCUCCCAGGGAAGGCGCAGCCGGUGCAGAGAAAGGCCACGUGCCGGGGCCUCCGUGUCAAGAGCCACCAACACCCGCAACGGCACUGGCUCCCCCCAACUCCCCACCCCCCCCCCCGCCCCACUUGCAGCCCUCCACUUUGUGCAGUAAACUCCCUCUGGUGUCUCCA